AUGACUGCAGACAGCUGCUGGUACGGCAGCAACCCGUACACACAUCCUGCCGCCCUGGCACUGAUGGCUUUGCUGCUCCUUUGGGCGGCACGGGCAGGGCUGCGGAGGACUCUGCCCGGGCCGAGGACAACCGUGACUGCCUGCCUGGGCGGGAAGGAGAGAAAGCGGGAGAACGGGAAAGCGGGAAACCGCGACCUCGCGGGCGGCGCCGCUCCCCGCCCCGGGCCGGCCCCCGGGCGCGGCGGGGCGAGGGGCAGCGGCGGGCCCGCGCUGGGGGCGGCCGGGGCGGCGGAGGAGGGGGCCGGCGGGGGCGGGCGCUCCCCGCCCGCGGGGCUGGGCGGCGGCUCCCCCCGCGGCCCGAGCCCCCGCCGCGCCCUGCCCGCGUCCCCCCUCCGCGUGCGGGGCUUGUGGCCGCUGCUGACCGCGCUCUGCACCGCGUUCCUCUGCCUCUACCAGGCGCUGCGCGGCAGCGCGGCCGGCGAGGGCGCGGGGGGCCCGGGAGACGCGGAGGCGGAGGCGGCGGGGUCCGGGCGGUUCCACGCGCGGCAGCUGCGGGUGUCGCCCCACGUGCUGGGGCACAGCAAGGCGCACGUGGGGCGGGUGGUGGCCGAGCUGGUGCGCGCCGCCAAGGCGCAGGGGCUGCAGCCCGGCCCGCUGGCUCUCAGCCUGCGCGGGGACUUCGUGCGCAUCGGCAGCGCCUACGAGCAGCACAAGGUGCGCAGCCCCGACUGCUUCGACAUCCUGGUGCCGCUGCGGCUGCCGCCGCACCUGGAGCCCCAGCCGCGCCGCGCUGACGGGCCGGGGCCGUGCGGCGCCUUCGUCUGCGGCCUGCGGGCGAGGGACGGCUGGACGCGACGCUGCCGGCCCUUUGCCGAGGGCUUCUGCGUGGAGCUGCAGGGCCGCUGCCACCUCUCCUCGGGGCUGGUGCUGCGCUGGUUCCAGGGCCAUCUGCAGCGGUGCCUGGGCGCCGUGCGGUAUCGGCUGCAGGAGCGGUGCCGCGUCAGCCUCUCGGCGUGCCCCGGGCAGCCGCCCACGCUGCACAUCGUGCCCUGCUCCGACUACGUCUGCUGCCACAUCUCCAUGGCCGUGCGCCUCAUCCCAGCCAUCCCUCUCGGCGACGCGCUCUACCUCACGGCCCUGCCGCCCGAGGGCCCCCACGGCUCCCUGGCCCCCGAGGCGCUCUGGGGCCUCAACGCCUCGCGGCAGGAGCAGCGGCUGCUGGGCUGGCUGAAGGAGCAGGCCCCGGCCGCCUCCUGCCACCUCAAGUGCCUGCAGAUCCUCAAGGGCCUGCGGGACCUCCGCAAGCACGGCCUGGAGGAGCCCUUCUGCUCCCAGUGGGGCCGAGUGCUCUCCUCCUACCUGCUGAAGACUGCCCUCUUCUCCCUGCUGCUGCAGGGGCCCUUGGAGGCCUGGGAUGAGCGGUUCCUGGUGGAGCGGCUGGAGGACCUGGUGCUGUUCCUCAGGGACUGCCUGCGCAAGCAGGUGCUGAUGGAUUUCUUCCUGGGCAACACCAGCAUCCCCGAGGCCGUGGCACUGCCCCGGUUCCUCAAGGAAGCGGCCCCCGUGAACUUGCUGUCUGCCUUCGACGGGCCCACGCUGGACCUUGUAGCCUUCCAGCUGAUCAGCACCUGGAUCCAGGCCCCGCACAUCAUCAGGAUGUACAGCAGUCCGCGGUACUUGGCCCGGUGCCCGCCCCGUGCCGACACAUCGCUGAGGCCAAGCAGGAGCCGCCGGCAGAGUGAGCUGGUGCCUGGGAGAGCUGCUGGCACCCGGGGACGCUCCCGGGGCAUCGCACACUCCCGGAUCGCUGGCGCUUCAAGAGCCUGCAUCUGCCUGAGCGGGGUGGGACUGAUGAAAUGUGCCUCCGUGGGUUUGUUCCUGACCUGA